GGAGAUAAACACUCGGCGGCGGGGGCGGCUGCUGCUCUUCUUCGGGUUCUGUCACCGUGUCGGCGGUGCCCAGCUCACCGGCCCCCUCCCCCUUCCGACAAGCGUGGUCACCAGAGAGGCUGCCUGAACCCUGCUCUGCCGAGUCCACAGCGGGUCGCGGGUGUCCGGCGGCGGCGGCGGCGAGCCCGUGGGCAGUGGGGGUUGGUCCCGUGGCUCCGGCCCCCGGUGCAGAAUGGCGACGGCGGUUCGGAUGAACAUCCAGAUGCUGCUGGAGGCGGCUGACUACCUGGAGCGGCGGGAGAGAGAAGCUGAGCAUGGUUAUGCCUCCAUGUUACCAUACAAUAACAAGGACAGAGAUGCCUUAAAACGGAGGAACAAAUCUAAGAAGAAUAACAGCAGUAGCAGAUCAACUCACAAUGAAAUGGAGAAGAAUCGACGGGCCCAUCUUCGCUUGUGCCUGGAGAAGUUGAAGGGGCUAGUGCCACUCGGGCCUGAAUCAAAUCGACACACUACUUUGAGUUUAUUAACAAAAGCCAAAUUGCACAUAAAGAAACUUGAAGAUUGUGACAGAAAAGCCAUUCACCAAAUAGACCAGCUUCAGCGAGAGCAGCGACACCUGAAGAGGCAGCUGGAGAAACUGGGCAUUGAGAGGAUACGGAUGGACAGCAUCGGCUCCACGGUGUCCUCAGAGCGCUCGGACUCCGACAGGGAAGAAAUCGAUGUGGAUGUUGAAAGCACAGACUAUCUCGCGGGAGAGUUGGACUGGAGCAGCAGCAGCGUGAGUGAUUCUGAUGAGCGGGGAAGCAUGCAGAGCCUUGGCAGUGACGAGGGCUACUCCAGCUCCAGCAUCAAGAGAAUAAAGCUCCAGGACAAUUGCAAGACGUGUCUCGGUCUAUAAGAGUGGUCGCUGCGGCUGCCCCUGGCUGAUCUCCCUGUCGGAUCUGAUUAGGUAGUGUACUGGACCUGCCCACAGUCCCUUGCACGUCGACUUCAGUGUACCACCUUUACCAAAUCAGCUUUGUAAACGUCUGCAAGGAGUGCUUAGGAUUGUGGGUUUCUGAUUUCAUCCACUAGCUUCUCUUUCUCUCCACACAAAUUCGUCUCUGAGAGACUGUACAUUCCAAUCAGUUUGAACCACCCAAGAAUUCUUAGACCGAAUAAGCAAUUUUCAUAUCUCAGCAAUUUCCCCCCUUUUAUUUACUGUCCCCACGUAGCCUACCAGACCUUUCUUAAAGUUUUCUGGCUUACUAUGUUAUUUGCCUAGCAGAAAUGUAUGAAUGUGUCUUGUGCUUAGGAAACAAGCUUCAAGUUGAGAUCCUGAUCUCAGAACUCCAAAGUAAGCUUUGAAAGUGGCAUUUAAGAGCACUUAACCAUGGACCUCACCCCGUGAGGAGUCAGGAAUACCUCCAGAGAACACCUGCACACCCUGUGCUCAGUCCCAGACCUGCGUGUGGAUGGGAGCAGUAUUUCUCACUCUGAAAUGGACACCUGGAGAGCAUGGCUUUGGGGUUGCACAGCUUAUAAAAGUUCCAACAUUGUUUGUUCUCACAAACAAAAUGGUACAAUCUAUUUUUGUGCAAUGUUUUUGGGACUGCGCUGUGUACUGCUGCCCCGAGGCGCAUUUCCUCUCAAAGUUUGUUAUGCUACUUGUCUCUGGAACAUUUUUUUUUCCUACCUCAGAGAUAAACGAGAUCUCCAUUUCCCACUCAACACAGUGAUUAUGCCUCUUUUCCCCCCCAAAUAAGUGACAUUUGGUCCAAUUCUAAUCUAUUUUCCUAUUUAACUUUCAGCAAUAACUGAGCUUUGGCACUAGUUGAGCUAGUGCCCACCAUCAGUGAAAGGAAAAGUCCACAUUUCUACUCUGUGUCGCAGGUGAACAGGAGGGCCUGGUACAUGUUACCAGAAUCCCUCAUUGUUUUUGGACACACCCGGAAACUUCUUCCUGGAGGCUUUUGGGUUGAUAGUUUAAAAGGCUGAUUUUUCUUUUUGGUUAUGAUUUAUCCCUUAAGUGGUCUCCCACUUUGUAGCAUUUUUAUUUAAGCUAAAAGAGAGCACAUGUAUAUGUACAUAAGACACAUUAAAUCUAUAAAUACUAUUUAUUCAUUUUAUAUAAACUAAUGUAAUGGAAAAUAAAUUCUUAUGACUUUGUGCUUUUAUAGAUGUUCUAGAAACUUUGUAUGUAGGUAACUAUCAAAUUGGUUCAUUCCCCUUAAUAUUUUUGCAUUCAUAUUUUUGAGGUCUUGAUGUUUUCAGCCUCUGGCGAAUCUUUUCCAUUGAAUUUAAACCAUUUGUAAAAUCUGUGACGCUGAAACAGAGUGUAUGUCACAAAGUGAUGAGAACAUUCCUAAAAUCCACAGACGCACUGCAACCUAAGGGCUCAACGGCUGAACCAGUGCUGGGCGCCACCCUGCGCCCCGCUGGCCUGCGGUCUCUAGCGCCACAGCCUCACAACUCCUCCAGCACCUCCACCUUCCACGCAACCAAACCUUCAAACACACUGCACAGAAGCUCAUUCUAGACAUGAAGAGCAAUGUAAACAAAGCAAGAUUACUUUUGUGUUUUCUCUCUAAUGAUUCUUUAAUGUAUUAAAAUUUUUUAAUUGGAAGUAGUGGAUUGCUAAAUGAUCCCAAAGUCAUGUAGAUCUCUUGUGUUUGUUUUGUUCUGGUUUUUCCUUCAUUUCAGCUUUGGGUGGGGGGAGGGGCAGGUGACACGAUUUUUUUUUUUAUCGUUGGAAUCUUUUCCAAUUACCAGCUGAAGAUUUGCACUGAAAUACAACUUGUAUGCCUUCUGCAUUUUUAAAGCCUGCUUCCUGAAUUUAAGCAGAGUGAUAGUGUUCAAAGAGCCAGUUCAGCCUGUAACGUGUUUGAAAAAGAUAUGUCUGCACUUUGAGGUCCCUUUCGAAUGCCAUUCGCUAGACCUCACAAGCAUUUUGUUUAACUGCUAUGUUCAAGCGCCUCACAAGUCCACGAUGCUGGAUGGCAUCAAAAACUCAAGACUUUGGGAAAAGUUUGUGGGCUUGCAUUGGGGGAGGGAAGGGAACAAAAUUUGUGUAUUUGUUAAUUUAGAAAUAAGGCAUCUGAGAGAUGCCAUUAUUUUGUGUUUUAAUUGUUGUGCCUUUGAGUUAAACUGCAUUUUUGUUUUUUGGUUGAAAUAUGAAAUGUACUGUCCCAAUAUAAAACAGUAAUUAUUUGACCUUUGCACUGUUUGUCUGGUCCUUUUCAAUUUGACUGCGUAGAAAUGUGGAACUUGAUAGAUCGCUAUAUUUUUAAUGCACUUGUGAUAAACUGACGCCAGGGUUAGACAUUACUUUCAAAACUCGAGGUAGAUUGCGUCAGUAUGCUAGACGGGCCUCUCUCUGACCAAAACUGUAACCUUCAGGACCAGCAAACUCAGCUCGAGGCAGCUAAUCCCCUUCCCUACAUGGCUGAUGGGCAGCACGAUUCGCAGUCUGUCCUCUCAUUCACAGAUCCACCAGCUUGACUGUCAAGAGCUAUACAGUCCUUUUGGUUGUUUUGGGUUUUUUAAACAAAAUGAAAAACCUUUCUAUUAGGGUUGUUGGGGGGAGGGGAUGGUCAAAUAGAUAAACCCCAGCCUUUAAGAUUUUGACAAUUGUACGUAAAUAGAGAUGUGUAUAAAUAUAGGCACAUGCGUAUUUUUAUGUGAAAAUUGAUUUUAAAAAAAACUAAAAAAAUCUAAACUAUAUUCUUAUUGAAACCAUUGAAAUGCAAAUGGGGAAAAUAAGAGUAUGUAGUCCAAUUUAAUUUUAUGCAGUGAGAAAAUAUAUAUGUGUGCUUCUGUUAACAUCCCAGAAAACAUACCUGCCCAUGCCUGUUGGUUUAGAAUGGCGGGUAGAGCACCCAGGGCAUUUUUGAGUUUCCUUUUGCUAAGCAGGGAUCUUGAAGUCUUCAAGGUGCUGACAGCGACUGCUGGCACCUUUCUCUAGUUAGUGGUUCAAAGAUCAUCACAUUUUUGAGCAGGACCUAGAUCCUAAUCCGUCAACCCAAGACUAAAAUAAUUUCACUGGCCAUUCAGAAUGGAGCAUUAAGUACGCCCUGACCCAGCAAUUGGCCACAUGAGUGGUUUGGGUUUAAGGUGGGCAUUUUAACUUUCUUCAAAAGAAACAAAGGGACCUUACUGGGUUCCCAAUAGGCCUCUCUUCUUCAUCCCUCAAGUGGCCAAGAGCAAAUUCUAGGGUGUGUGUGUUGGGGGGUGUAAAUUAGGUAGGAUUGUGAUGUUCAAAAUAACUGUCUAGCAAUAUCUUGGGGGUUGCUAAUGGGUUUUGGGGGGAGCUUUUUUCUUCUUGCCUCUCCCCAUCCUUUAGAGAGAAAACUUAUUUUUCAAAAUAUAUACACACACAUUAUUUAGGUUUUUAUACCAUACUGUGUUAGCAAGAAUAGCACCUCCAUUGUGCUUUAUAAUCUAUCUAUUCCCCCAAUCUCAGUCUUUGUUUCCCCAAUUUUAUUUUUAUUUUUUGUCUUCCCCUUUACCUGCCCUGUGUGUUAAGCACCAGGAAGUCAAAGGCUGCAAGGCAAUUUCCUGCAUGCAAUCUAUUUUUCCUAUGUCUAACCGUGGAUGCAGUAUGUUUAGGUAGCUGGCUACUCAUGAUUUAAAAAAUCCUUCCUAGGAGAUGACCCAAAGGCCCUUUUAGAUGAGGUGGCGUUUCUCAUUCUACAUGAUUGGAUCUCUUUGUUUUUGAAAGAUACCUGGGGGUUGGGGGAGGGCUGCGAUACGUGAUUUAUCAUGACUUUUUCAUUAAUAUUACAUGGGGAUUUUCUUACAUUCUUCUGAAAGAAGAAAUAAUUGCCUGGCACUGCUAGUCAGCUAUUGAAUGGUUGAAGAAAUCGAGUAUCUUUGCUUUCUCUCAAAAAUCAUAAAAUGAGAAUUAGUAAGACACCCAAUUCUGACAUUGACCCAGAUUUUUUAUUUUGAUUUCUUCUCUCUAGGGGGUGAGGGGUGGGGGGCAUUGCUGAUUUUACCUGAGAACCAAACUUGCCUUCCCCUGUGUCCCUAGAACUGGUGCUCUGGGAAUGUUGCUGUUGACCAUCAGUGUUGGGGGCCACCUUCCUAAUGGUAAACACAGCCUAAACAGGGAGCAGAUGACAGUAUGCAAUUCUGUUUCCAGAUGUUUCUUUAUGUAAAUAUGACGCCAAUGUAAAUCCUGUGUCAAGACAUAGAGAAUGGUGCUUUUUACUAGUUAGCACAUGCGUUUUUAGAACUACAUGUUUUAGAGAAUCUUUGCUGUGUAUAUGUAAACGUCUGUAUUGUUCAACCGUUAAUAAAUUAUUUCACUAUUAAAGAAA